UGCCGAAGUCGUCUGUGGGCAGUUUGUUUAUAUCUCGACACUCGACAGUGCAAGUACCCACUUGGCCAGCAGUGGUGAUGUGGUGUUCGUUGAGAGCACCCCCACCUUGAAACUUUAUCAGUCGUUGCGAUGAUUGGUCAAUCAUAACCGGGAGCCCAGCAGCAGCUCCGUGGCUGCAAUAAGAAUGGCCGCCGCGUUGAGAAGGAAUCUCGGAAUUCUGCAGCCGUUCCUCGGCAAAACGCAUUUUCCACAAUCUACUUAUCACAGGCAAAUAUCGGGAUCAUCGGCUCGCCAACAGGACGAAGGAUGGCUGAGCAAACUACUUGUCAGGAAGAUUGAGCCUACUAAAGAGCCUCAUUCAAGGAUGCUUUCUGACAAACAAAUUAUCUAUGCCUUACACACGCACAAUAUCCGCCCUGACUCUCGCGAUAAGUACCUUAGAAAUUAUGUUCAUAAUGUUGAAUACCUUCAUUCUAAAAAACAAGAUUUGAAUCUUGAGCUUGUUGGAUCAUGGACGGUUGAAGUUGGAGAUCUGGAUCAAGCUCUUCAUCUUUGGUCGUAUGGAUCUGGAGGAUAUCAUAGCAUUGACAAGGCACAAGCUCUACUUGCCAAAGAUGAUACAUACCAAAAACUCCUUAGUGAACGAGGUAACUAUCUGAGAUCGCGACAUUUGCAAUACUUACUAACGUUUAGCUACUGGCCAGCAAUUAUUGCAAGAGAAAGUGAGAAUAUUUAUGAAGUAAGAAGUUACACUCUUAAGCCAGGAACAAUUAUUGAGUGGGGCAACAAUUGGGCAAGAGCUAUCAAUUUUAGACGCAAUAAUAACGAACCUUUUGCUGGAUUUUUUUCGCAAAUCGGUCGAUUAUAUAAUGUUCAUCACUUUUGGUGUUACAAAGAUUUACAAACUCGCAAAGAAACACGUGAGAGUGCUUGGCGGUCACCUGGUUGGGAUGAAUGCGUAGCUUACACAGUUCCUCUGAUUCGCGAACAUCAUUCCCGCAUUUUAAAACCAACAUCCUAUUCACCAACAAAAUAAAUACGUUACACCUUAUCUAUAAAGCAAUGCAAGCGUGAAAAUUUAUAUUGAAAGUUAGGAGAUUUGACGAAAGCAGUGGUAUACUGUUCUUUCAUAUGUUCAAUGUGUAUAUUCGCAUUUGUAUAUCUGUAAAAGUUCGAAUUAUUGUAAAACAAUAAUGUACAAAAGUAAUAGAGUUUUUUAGUUAUAUUAUGAUGUAUAAAAUCAACUAUUCCAUUUAAUAGAAAGCUGUAGACAAAAACAAAAUAAGAGUCUUUUACCCAAGCAAACAAGCUAUGAUAAUAGCCAAUAAAAUAGAAAUAUUACUUUUUUUCAUCAGGCUGUAAAAAGAAACAAAAAAAAUACAAUCUUAAAAUUGGAAAUAAAAUUAUAUAAAAUAGGAUUACUGGAUUGUAAUAUAAAAAAUUGAUUUGAAUACUUUUUAGUAUCAAUGUUUUAUUAUCCAUUCGACAUAGCGGGUCUUUGUUCGACAUAUUUUAUUUUACUAAACCUUUGAGGCUUCAUUGACAAUUAAUUAUUUUGAUUGCACUUACGACCAUUUAUUUAGCAGAUACUCGUGCGGUUUUUGUCACUGU